AUGAAGAGCUUCAUUCUGCUCUCACUAAUCGCCGCGAUCGCGAUCGCUGCUCCGGCGCCGAAGCCUAAUAACUUCGAGGCCGAUCCCUCACUCACCAUCGGAACCCCCGACGACUCAUCAUACGCGACUAAGCGGGAGACGUUUGAGGCCGACCCAUCACUACAAGUUGGGGAUUCGGAUCAGUCCUCAUAUGCCGAGAAGAGGGCUAACUUUGAGGCCGACCCAUUGCUGCAUAUUGGAAGCUCGGAGAAGUCCUCGUACGCUGAGAAGAGGGCUAACUUUGAGGCUGACCCAUUGCUGCAUAUUGGAAGCUCGGAGAAAUCCUCGUACGCCGAGAAGAGGGUAAACUUUGAGUCGGACCCUGCGCUCCACGUUGGGGAUAGUCUUGAAUCUUCAUACGCUCAGUAA